GCGCUAAACGCGGAGCGUUGACGCUGUUAAGUACUGACUGACUGACUGCUUGAGGAAUGCUGUUCACUGAACCAGGGGACUCCGUCCCGAACUCUGUCAACGAUGUCUCUGUCCAUUCGCCCAGUCAGACGCCUCACUUCCAGAUCCAUCACUAGGAGCCAGAGCUGAGUCAAUACCAGUCAAUACUUACGGUGCUGCAGAAACCUUGUGGUGUUCAGCACUCCUGGUCUCAGCAGGAAGCCCAGCAGAGCAAGCAGAUUGUUUACUAUGUCGAUCAAGGCCAACCCCCCACCAAAGGUUCCUCAACCAGAGCGACUGGAUGAAGUGUAUGAAGCACUGAAGAAAGGCCUUCAGUCUUACCUGCAGGUUCAUCAGAUGGAUUUGGAGACACUUACCAGACAGAUAAAAGAAUCAAAGAGGAACUCUAGACUGGGUUUCCUAUAUGAGCUGGACAAGCAAGUAAAGGUGACUGAGAGGUACAUUAGAAAACUGGAGUUUCACCUCAGCAAGAUUGAGGAGUUUUAUGAGUCCUACUGCAUGCAGAGGAGACUCAGGGAUGGAGCCAACAAGAUGGUGAAAGCAUACACAGUUUCUUCAGGAAGUAAGGAGGCCAAGGAGAGUUUAGCAGAAGCCAGUAAAGGAUACAAGGAGUACACAGAGAACAUGUGUGUGUUGGAGAAUGACUUUGAGAACCAGCUGGGGAAGUUCCACAUAAAGAUGAAGGGUCUGGCAGGAUUUGCUAGAUUGUGUGCUGGUGACCAAUAUGAGAUCUUUAUGAAGUAUGGUCGGCAGCGAUGGAAGCUCCGGGGGAGAAUAGAGAUAAAUGCUAAACAAGUGUGGGACAGUGAAGAGAUUGUAUUUCAGCCACUCAUCAAUGAGUUCCUGUCUGUGAAGGUGACAGAGCUAAAGAGUUUAGCCAAUCACGUGGUGGUAGGAAGUGUUUCCUGUGAAACAAAGGACCUGUUUGCUGCGCUGCCCCAGAUGGUUGCUGUGGAUAUUAAUGACCUUGGGACUAUUAAGCUAAGCCUUGAGGUGACCUGGAAUCCCUUUGAUAAAGAUGACCAGGGAUCGGUUGCAAGCACUGUCAACAAACCACCAAGCAUUAAUAAGCGAAUCUCAGCCAUUUUUGACCAGACUCCGCCCGACACACCACCUUUACGUAACAUGAUCCGCCUACAGGGAGAGUUGGAGAAUGGACCAGCAUGGUCUAAUUCUUCAGAAUCUUCUGAUGACUCAACCAGCCCACAGCUGCCUGCACAUCCAAAGGCAGUGGUGGUGACACCAGACAUCCAGCCAGUUGGACAAAGGAGUUCCCUCCUUCAGCCUGAUGUUUCUUCUUGCUCCAGAAACUGGCCUUCCUCAGCUCAAAAUGCCAGUCAGGAAGGUAUCGACCUACCUAAACAGCCAGCGGAGAGCAACAGGCAUGAGGAAAAGGGGACAGUCACUGUGAUAACAAAGCCUGACGGUGAGGAAGAAGCUGCAGGGAAACACUCCUCUAUGGCACCAGUGGAUGUGCCGAUAAUUACCAGCAGUAACUCUACACUGUACUUACGCUCUCUGAGUCACAUUAGUGAAAACAGUGCUGAUGGGGUUGUGGUGCCUGUCAGUGAAUCAGGGGACGUGAUGUCUCUGGUCUCUGGAAUCUCAAUCAAUGACAUUGAAAUGGAGGUGGCCAGCAGAACUCCUGAGUCACCCACUUCUGCUGACACUGACACGGCUGUUGAUGUCACUGAUCCCCACCCAAUCAGGAAGCAACACAAUACAUCCACAUCUGUGGAUACAUCGGCCCCUCUCAGAGCAGGAGCAGACUCUAAUGCUGUAGAAAGUGGGGAUGUGACAUAUCUAGCUCUGCGGGUGCCAGUGGAGGAGGAUAUCCCAGCUGCAAGUUCCAAUUGCCUGUCUGCUAAGGUCGAUGCUCCAGUGGACAGUGGACUAGAGGAUGCCUUGGUAGCUGUACUUUCCUCUAUAGAUGAUUAUAGAGGACCGUUUUCUGAGCUACAACUACUGGAACAAGAGCUGAAACUGCUGCAGGUUACACUGAAGGGUGGGAGGCACAGCCGGUCACCCAGCGUAGUCAGCCUCACAGUGGAAACAGCUCUUGGCAGCUUUGACUUCCUGAAUGGAUCAGACUGGGAGGAGGAAGAAGGGGAUGGUGAUAAGAGGAGUCGAAAUAACAGGUCUCUGCUGGACAGAGGCUGGGACAGCCCUUCCUCCUCCAACGUACCCCUAACCACAGGCUGCACCACUCUAGACUGCUGCCUGGUGGUCCAUUUGAAGAACUGCAAUGCACAGUUGUUGCGUCUGGGCAAGUUUGGUCCUCUGAGGUGUGGAGAGAUGUAUGCCUUGGACAGACUGCUGAGAGAGGCUCGUGUCCUCGAAAUCAUCCGACGCGUCACCAAAGAAAACCCACAGAAAAUCAGACCAGCUACUGAAGUUAUCCCAGAGCUAGGUCUGUGUCUGGGUGCUGUGUCACUAUGGCAAGAAUGUGUGGGACAGGGUAGCGUGUACAGUGUCUCUGCUGAAAGUUUCCUGAAUACGCUGUUGACAAUCUACGCUGGUUUACUGCCUGAAAGGGCCGAAGAAGUGUUCUUGUGCCUGGUUGAGCGUGUGCUGGAUCAGAGGUUACCACGACGAGGAAGCAGCAGGGACAACAUGAUGGUGACGUUGUUCCAGCUGUGGAGCUACUUGGACUCGAAUGCCGUCAGUGACAUGGACACACACAUCGUUGAACUGGCAAAAGAGGUAUGGUUGGUACAGAACCUGGUGUCAUCUGACCAGGAUGUGAUUGUCAGUGCUCUACGCCGCCCUGCAGAGUGCAGUCUGAGGAGAGAAGGAAUUCACGCCGUGGCCAAAUUACUAAAAGAUCCUCGGGGCAAAGUGUCUGCCUCUGCCAGCUCUGUACUGAGAAGCCUCGCUGCUCAGCCCAGACAGAGAAAACAGGCUUUGGUCAGCUGUCUGGAGCUGCUGGAAGACGAGAAUGUGGACAAUAGAGUGUGUGGAUGCAAAGCGUUAGCUUGUCUCAAGGCCAAAGAAAGCAUUGAUCAGUUGGUGUAUCUCUGCCGGGCAGACAAGGAAGAAGUACGAGAUGCUGCCAAACAAACACUGCUAGUGCUCGGUGAGGAAGGGAAGAUGGCCCACAGACACGUGGAGACCUCUCAGGACAGCAUCUCAAGACUUUUUGCACCAGGCAGCAUGGCCAGCACAGCUUUUUAACACAACACACAUACAGACGGCUACUACAGCGGCUGAAAACAAAAAUUCAGCGACAGCACUGGAGAGUAUAGUGUCAUUUUUGCAAUGCUUUGACAUGGUGUUACAGGAAUAUACGGUAUACUUUCCUCUUCAGCUACGACUGUAGCUAAAACAUAAAGAAAAAGAUUGUGUUAACUGCAGUAUAUAUCCUGUCAGAAUAAAACUCAAAGGGACAGAAACUCCAACACUGGCUGCAAACAAGAAAUGCAUCAGACGUGUUAAUAAUGUAAAAUAUUCAUCUACAUCAUAAGUCAAAAAAGAUUUUCAGAGUCACCUUGUUUAUAAUUAUUUUCCUGGGUCCACAAAUGCGCAAAAUGUUAAAUCUUUAUACUGUUUACUUACUACUAAUACUAUUUCUUUGGAUGCUCUAGAAAACUGUGGUUUUUACCAAUGAUAUUACAGUCACUACACUAAGAGUUAUAUCCCAGUGGGAGUUAGACGUCUCCUGCUAUUACAUGAAAAUGUGUUUUCUUAAUGGGUGCUGCUGUCUCUAGCCUAGCUUAAAGGCUGCUUUGACGAUCUCCACACAUGUCACUGUCAAAGUAACUAUUUACUGUACUUCUGCUUGCUUACUACUGAAUAGAUCUGAAGCCAAAUCCAAAUGAAAUUUAAAAAAAAAAAAAAAAAAAUAGGACCACAUUAUAGACUGCAUAUGAAAGCUGGACAUGUUGAUGUCAGACUCCACAUUAUGAAGUGUCAACUUUAGCAUUCUUGCCACUGCCAUGUUAGCUUUUUGGAGCAGAAAGUUGCUAACUUUUUACUACUAAACUCUAAGCUAACAACUAAGCUUGUUUAGCUAGCUGGAUUUCUAAACUGCAAUGCACAGACAAGUCUGGUAAAUAGUGAUAAGUAACAGAAUAAGAACAUACUAAAAUUACAUUGACCAACACUGCCACACAGAUUUUUCAAUGGUGUGUAGCACAUAGCAUACUUUAUUAGCUCAAAUAUGGCAGGUCCAGUUUAGUAACUCUACUUGGUGGACGUGGAACUUUAGCAGACAUUGAUUAGGUAUAGCUCCCUGUGCCAAGAUAAAGUGUCAAAGUGUAAUGAACAUGUCAUGGAGGAUGAAUGACAACCAGCCCCUCUCCCACUUAUAGUUAUUGAAAACCUGUUUAUUUCUGCUCUGAACUUGGACAUUUUAACAGGGGAGUCUGUGGGUGGACUCACCUUUAGAGCAAGCCUCGAGUGAAGAUUAGACAAACUACAGCUUGUGGAACGUCUGCAGUGAUGGUUACCAUUCAGCCCACGUUCUUUAAAAAAAAAAAGAAGCACAUACACAGUGCCCAUCAGACACUUUGUUAUGGUGUUGCUUGUAAAUCUGCCUUAAUGUUGCAUUAUUUGCUUACCAGAAUUUGACAUUUUUACAGAUGAAAUGCUAUUGGAAGCAUAUUUUUUGCAAAGUGUUCUUAGCUAACUGUGAAGCUAUUAAAGUAUAUCUACACGUAAAAGCAUGAAUUAACAUGUCUAAACUGAGGAUACUGCUUUUUAUGACACGAUAUUGAAAAUGAGCUCUGUCAGUGUCGACGAAGCAAACACAAGGAACACAGACUGACUGAAGAGGUGUAGGAUGACUUUACACCUAAACUUUUUUUGAAACGCUAAUGAACAGAACAUACUACAGUUUAAAAAGUAGUGUCUGUGGAGUUGGUAGAUUAACUACAGACAUCAGCCUUCUGUGAGGCAAGAGUUCAUUGUAUGAGCCAAAACACCAAAGUCCAAGAGCAAACCUUUUUGCAAAUACUUCAGCCGUGAUUUUGCAGCACAGUGCAUUGCACUUAUAAAGGGGAAGUCAACAUGCCUUCACUGAAGUGGAAAUUCAGACUAACUUAAAUAUGGAAAAAACUUUGGUUUGUUCUUAAAAUACACAUAUUCUUGUUUUUAAUAAUAUGAUUUUUUUUAAAUGUAUUUUAUCACAGAAAUGACUAGAAGAUUAUGAACGUAAGGUUAUUAAGGGAUAGAAAAUGGUGUACAAAAAUGCUUCAAAGACCAUUUAAUUGAUUAGCAAAGACAGAGUUAUGGAAUAUAUCUUAAGAUUUUUAUGUUUGAGUGCAGAGGAGUACUUUCUGUCACCGUAAGUAAUGCUGCAUCACUGUGCAUUAAAAAAAAGAUUUUCAGAGGUUAACGCUGGAGGGCCCUUGUGUGUCUCAGGACAUGUUGGAUGAGAGCAGCACUUUAGAAAGCAAAGUAUGUGAUAGUAUUAUUGGGUUGUUUUUUUUUAUUAUUGUUAAUGUCAUGGGAACUAGUUGGUUGGCUCUUUCAACAGAGCUGAAAUAAAUAAGCUUCUCAGAAUUACGUAAUAAGGCUGAUGUAGAGAGGGGCAAUCUUGGGUAGGGCAGAGAAAGCAGUUAAAUCAGAAGCGGACUAUUACAAAAAUGAAGUGACAUCUAAAUGUCCACUGUGCCUGUGGGACGCGUGGAUCCUGCUAUUUAUUUUUGACAUGUACACCUCACCUAAACAUUACUGCAAACCAAAUACACCAACUUGUAGCAGCGACAUUCCUUAACAUCGGCAGACUUUCUUAGCAAGAAACUGAGCCCUACCACCCAAACAACUGCUCAGGAAUAGAAAACAAAGAUCCCACUUUUGAACCUGAUCCGUAUACUCCUCUAGAUCGCAAUCAAAUGUGCUGGGUGUCACGGGAUCCCUACAGAGACUCUGUCCACACCUUAAUUAGUUGGAGCUGUUUUGGCAGCUUGAGAAAAUGCUACACAAUAUUAGGCAGACCACCUUAAUUGUGGCUGAUGGAUAUAUAUUAAAAUGUAUAUUUUAUAUCAUAAUAUAUAUUAAUAUUGAGUUUUUAAAAAUGACCUUUAUUUUUAAAGCACAUUAGUUUUUCAACAAACAACAAGGGAAAAAGUGUUUUGUAUUUGUGGAUCAUGCAGGUAAUAAUAGUCUUUGUUUAAAUACAGCAUGAUUCGGUCACUGUACUAGAACACAGAGUCUAAACAAACGUGUUGUGUAAUGUACAGAUGACACAUAUGACUGAAACUGCCAAAGUGUCGAAGUGACUUCAGUUCCUCAUUUUAAUGCAUUCUUAUAAUAGUUUUACAGUGACACUGCUGAUGCUAAUGUUGCUAUACUGCCUUUUCUCAUUUGCUAAGUACCAUUACUGGAAUUUAACUUGGGGCCUACAGCUGUAUAUCCCAAUCUCAUACUGUAUAACACAAGUACUGUGGUAAAGACCAGUUGGAUUAACAUUUACAUAGUGAAAAAAGAAAACUGGACUUGCAGGAACAGAUGAGCAGUUAUAGCCGUGCUAUCAGAUGGAAUGUCUUGAAUUAGACCAUCUUUGAUCAGAAUGUUGCAAGGAAGAGGACUUUUCCUCUACUGCCAUCAUGGGGUCAUACUUGAGUACGUCUACCUGGUUUUGCAAAAUUAGAUUCCCAUCAGCCUCAGCUGUACUCUAUACUAAGCAAAUUGUAGCAUACAGUUACACUAAACCAAUUCUGUUAACAUUAUACAGAAUCAAAAUGUUGACUUUGUAAUUGUGAACGUUUUUGUUAGCAGUUGUGUUUACCUCACAAUGCUGCUGUGCCUUUUGUAUUGCCUCACUGAACCACUAACUUGGCUAUAGUGUCUGCAGGCCUGGUAUUUUACUUUUAUUGCUUUGUGAGCUUUCAUGACAAUGUCUGAUUUUUCAGCGUUAUAUCAAACUCAGCAGUUUUAGUCUCACUGAUGCUUAAUGGCAGUUUUUAAGAAGAAUACUUUUUUUUUCUUCUUCUUCUCUCUGAAUGUGUUUCUAGGUUCCUAAUGUACUACCUAAUGGAUUAAGUCCACUUAAUCAAAUUAAUCCAAAGUUGUGAGUCAUCACAAUGCAUUCAGUGAGCUUUUCUCUCCUGAUGGGAGUGGUCCCUUCCAAAAUUAGACACAAGUGCCAGAUCUUAACCCAACUGUACGGCUGUUAGAAAUAUUGAACCAAAAUGUAGAGAUCCAGAUGCUCAUCAAAUCGAUUUAACGGAGUAUUGAAGCUGUUCUAGUGAGAUGUACUGAUCAUGCAUGUUACUAUUGUUUUCCUUUAAUUUGUCACCCAUCUGAGGUGAGUUGUGAGGAAAAGAAAACUAAAAAUGGAUUUGAAUUGUAGGGAUUUGGGCAAACAGAUUUAAAACAACAACAACAAAAGAUUUAAACUGUGGGACUUUGGUCUAUUUUACUUUAUGAAAUAUGAGCUGGAUGUCACAUUUUAGUACUUAAAUUCAGAAAAGAGAGUGUUUUACAGCUGUAGUUAUCAUACGCACAUCACAGAUGCUGAAGGGAGGAAAAAAAAAUUGAAACGACUUGGAAUUUCCUUUAAAGCAUCCAAAAUGAUCUUUGGUUUAAAUAUUAAUUUAAGAAGAGCACCAGAAUGCACGGUCACUGGAAUCCUGUUAUAGAGCUGAUGUCAUGCAGGGAAUCACUGUAUAUAUCAAUGCUACCACUGUAUUUAAUAUUCUUACUACACUGACUUCUAUAGGACAACAGAAAUAUACAGGUGUCCCUUUUCCAAUCAAGGCAUCUCAGUUUUUAAGUGCCUCAAUUUUUUUUUUUAUAAGAGAUAUGCAAUAAGACAGAAAUGAGAUACUUUAAGAAUGAAGAGAAUGUGAAGUGGCGAAAUACCACUGCAGGACACAUAUAUGCAAUUGUUUUUAUCAAGCUUGGGGAAUUGUGAAACAUUGUAAACAAAUGUUUUUAUUUCUAGUGUUCUGAGAUGUAUUUCCAAACAUUCUUGUGUCAAUUAUAUUAAAAAAACAACUAUUAAAAUAUUGUAAGAUUG